GAGCAGCUUCGGCAUUGCCGCGUCACAGGAAGCCUCGGUCGCUGGUCCUUCUCAAUACUUAAAGUGGCUUUCUACGGCUUCUGUCGGACGCCGUUACAUCGAGCACCCCGCUUAAGCUACUCCUUCGCUUUCACCCGACCCAUCCCUCCCGCUCUCACGACCCAUCCGUAUCGACGAACCAUGGCGACACUCGGCGCGCACAAGAAGCACAAGGUGACCAUCGUGGGCUCCGGUAAUUGGGGUACCACGAUGGCCAAGCUUGUUGCCGAGAACGUCACCGCGAAUCCGACACUCUUCGAGGAGACAGUCAGCGUGUGGGUCUACGAGGAGGAGGUCACCCUCCCCAAGGAAUCCCGCCACUUUGACCCUGGCUCUGAACUCGCAACCAAGCCGCAGAAGCUCUCAGAGCUUUUCAACAAGCUUCACGAGAACAUCAAGUACCUACCGGGUAUCACUCUGCCUCCCAACGUCGUCGCCAACCCCGAUCUCGUCGAUUCGUGCAAGGACUCCACCAUACUCGUAUUUGUCCUACCCCACCAGUUCAUCCCGCGAAUAUGCGACCAGUUGGCGGGCAAGAUCGUGCCGUUCGCACGCGCUAUAUGCUGUACCAAGGGUGUGGAUGUCAGUGAGAAGGGCAUCAGGCUCAUGUCCGAGGCUAUUGGCAUGCGGCUAAACAUCUACUGCGGAGCUCUGUCAGGCGCAAACAUUGCUACAGAAAUCGCUCAGGAGAAGUACUCUGAGACAACUGUAGCGUACGAUCCGCCGCCGAUGGACUCUCGCGCACCGACGCCCAAAGGCUCACCUAAUGCGUCAAUGGUAGACCUCAUCUCUCCCUCUAGAUCAGUGCCCAGUGAGCGAUCAGCCAGGCUAAAGGCCUUGCCGAACGAAUACCCCCCUCUCUCUCAAGAUAAUGUGCGGAAGCUGUUCCAUCGCCCUUACUUCCACGUCCGAAUCGUGGACGAUGUGGCAGGCGUCUCUCUCGGAGGUGCGCUGAAGAACAUCAUUGCUCUGGCUGCCGGAUUCGUCGACGGUCUCGGUUGGGGCGACAACGCAAAGGCAGCAGUCAUGCGUGUCGGCAUCCUCGAGAUGGUCAAGUUCGGCAAAGAGUUCUUCCCGGACAGCUCAAAAACGUCCACGUUCACUGAAGAAUCUUGCGGCGUGGCUGACGUGAUCACAUCCUGCAUGGGUGGUCGCAACUUCCGCUGUGCCAAAAUGGCAACCCAACGGGGCGAGUCCAUCUACGAGAUCGAGCAGAAAGAGCUCAAUGGGCAGAAACUGCAGGGCACCAGCACCGCGUACGAAGUCAAUUCGUUCCUCAAGCAGCAGGGCUUGGAGAGCGAAUUCCCGCUUUUCACCGCCGUCUACAACAUCCUCGAGGGCAACGCGAAGCCGCAGGAUAUCCCCGAGUUGAUUGAGCCGAAGUACUAGAAAGUC